AUGGUCUGUGUUUGAGGCCGUGUUGCAGAGUUUCAGGCAUUGUAUGUUGGAGCGUGCAGUUCCAGUGUCGUUACCGGGGGUAAUGCUGAGAGGGCAGGCUCAGGGUAGAGUCAGUCUGCAUCAGCAUGUGUGUGUCCAUAUGUGUGCUUGUGUGGCUGUGCUGCCCGCACAACAUUUUCCUCCGCUGGAGCGGUCCCUAUUAGCUGCCAUAUUACAGGCAGACACACAGACGGCUGUCUUGGCCUCAGAUGUCUGGUGUUUCCUGGUACGGUAUGGCACGGCCGAGUUGUGUUUUCACCAUGUUCUCCUUAUUGCUCACCUGAUAAGGUCAUGUCCUGGUGAGGGGUAUCAGCUGUUUCACUUGGCCCUGCUGCUUAGACGCCUGCUCUUUCUCAUGACUCCAAAACACCAGGUGGAGUUUGUGGAGCGCUUCCCUCCCUCUCAGGAGGAGAAUGUGUGUGUGUGGCGUCACACACUGCUGAGGUGUCUGUGCAUGGAGGCACGCAAGCAGGUGGAGGAAGAGGUGCUCGCCAGGGCCUCUGUUGUACUGCAGGAAUGGCAGAAUAGUGGCCACAAGCUAGGAGAUAUACCGAGAGUGAACCGAAUUCUGGGCUGUGUGCUGCUGGUGAUGGGAGGUAGCAGCCUGCAGGCGGAGUGUGUGCUGUCUUCUGUAAAGAUCAUCUCUCAGCUGUGGAGUCGCAUGAGUAGCAACCAGGUGCAGGCUCAUCCUCCUCUCCAGUGCACUGUGAAGCUACUCCUGUCAUUAUCAGCUGUUCUGAUCAAAAGUGUAGAGCCACACGUCAUUGUUCAGGCUGUUUCAUGUUUGAGUAGUUUGACUAUCCAGAAAUGCUCUGAUGACCUGCUUUUAGCUGGUUUGGAGUUCCUUGCUUCCAUUGGAAAAGUAUUUUUUCCUCCAAAUAUUCAGUGCCAAGUUUUGCCCAGAAUCAGUGCUCUAUUUAAUGGUCUCCUGACUCACACAUCCUGGCUGAUACUCCAUCAUGUCCUGGAGGCUUUUGGCCUCUUUGCAGAGAUAACCAACCACGAGGAAGUGAUUUCUCAAACACUGACAUCAGAGGAGGUCAAAACCAAAGUGUUAAACUUCCUCAGUAAGACAGUCUCACUGCAGGAGUCUGAGGAAUUGAGACUAGAACGUCUCAAGGGGUGGAGGAGUAUAAUAGAGAAACACUGUGAGCAAAUGGAGAGUGAGAACAGAUCACCUGAACACACACCCAUUACUGUGGAGCCAUGUCUGAAAAGGGCAAGACAGGAGACCAACACAGAAGAGGAGUAUGAGCGAUACCUCCAGACAGCAGAAAGUGCCUUGAAAGCCCUGCAGGCUAUAGAGGGACCUGGCCUCAGCCCAUCCCCUCCAGUGUGGGUCAGAGCCAGACUUCAGGUCUUACAGACACUGAUAACUCAAAUUAACACCUCUACAGAACAGCAGCCCUGAUUCAACCACAAUACCACCUCUACCUCUGGCUGCUUUUAUCACAACACUUGCUUGUCUGUUCCGUACCACUACAUCUGUUGAUAUCACCUAUUUGUAUAGAAGCUUAUAUGCAGAAAGGUCACUCCAAAAGGCUGUUUAAUUGUUUAUUAAACUUUAUUAAAAUUGAUUGUUUUAUAGAUUGUAUAGCUUCUAGUAUUUAUUAUACUUGUGGGUAUUUAAUGGUGCAUUUAGCACUAUGUCAGAAUCAUUGUAAUAAUGAGAUUCUGACUCAACAUGAAUUUAACAUAUUAAUGCCACCAUUCCAUUAUUCUAAUUAAGAAAUACUAGUGCUUGCUGUUGUUGUGAUACUCAGCAGCCAUUUUACUUUUGGUUGUGCGUGAAAAUUAACAUACCAUUUAAUGUAAAGGCAGUUACAUGGUUGUGAGGGUUAGUUACAAUGAAACAGAAGUUGCAUCAGUGUAAUGCUGGUUGUUGUGAUGUGGCUGUUGCCCUCGAAAAUUAAUGUGCACUUGUAGAUGGGUAGGGUUUACACAAAUAAACCCCU